AUGGUUGCUGUUUCUGAUAGAAAGAAGAGAAAACUGGGUACUGCUGCUUCGAUAAACGAUGUAUCCCCCAAGAAAAAAGCUAGUAUUUUGUCCAAGAAUCAACUAACUAACAAUGAUUCAAAAGACUCGCAUAAGAAAGAAAGGUCAGUGGGGUUCUCAAAGAGUGACUUGAAUAAAAGAAAUGAGCCAUUAAAAUGGGAUAAGAAACUUAAUGAACAAGCACAGACUGUGAAUGGUGAAACAAAUGAAUUUGAACAGAACAAGAAUCUCGUUGAGAAAAAUGUUGAUGAUGAGGAUAACGUAGAAAUAGGGGUGGAUGCGGAAGAACCAGAGGAAGAAGAAGAGGACGACGAGGUGGAGGAUGAAGAAGAAGUAGAGGAGGAGGAGGAUGACGACGACGACGAAAGAGAAGAAGAAAAUAAUGACGAUGAUGAUGAUGAUGAUGAUGAUGAUGAUGUGGAGGAAGUAGAAGAGGAUGAUUAUAUUGAUGAAAUUGAAAUGAUUCAAGAACCUAAAGACGUUCGCAGAAAGGUUCCAAUCAAGUAUAUAGAAAAUAGAACUAGAAGACAAGUUACAUUUGCUAAAAGAAGACACGGAAUCAUGAAGAAGGCUUAUGAAUUGAGUGUUUUGACUGGUGCUAAUAUUCUACUACUUAUCCUUGGUCAUUCUGGACUCGUUUACACCUUUUCUACACCCAAAUUGGAACCAAUUAUAAGAGAAAAUAAAGGCAAGCAACUUAUUAGAAAUUGUCUUAAUUCACAAUCAUCAUCAACUACUGCUACUACUGUCGCUGUUACUGCAGAUCCUCAAAUAUCAAAUUGA